GGAGCCAGCAAGGUGUCCGUGCUCCGUGCAGUCCGAGUCCGCGGCUGGUCUCUUCGAGGCAGCUCCACAGCAAGGUGAGCAGCGCGUCCAAAAAAGAAAAAAAAAGAAACGAAUAAAAAACUCCCGUUUGGCCUGGAUUGGGCUCCCGUGGCCAAUCUGCUCUCUGCGCUUUCCCGUUGGUGGAAAACCCCUUGCAAGGGGGUGGUGAAUGUGGCUUAAAGGUGAACGCGAUUCGUGCGCGAUUUUUCGGUAGUGAGAACUUAUCGUUGGCGUGCCGUUCGGGCGUUGGUUGCGGGAGGUGUCCCGUGGUCGAUCGCGACUUUACUGUUAGCCCUGCAGUGUGAUCCACGUCCCAGUGUGUCCGAGUGCGUGUGUGUGUGUGUGUGCGUGCGUGCGUGUGUGUUGUGCCCGUGGCCCCGUUUUGCUAACCCGGGGAAGGCGAAAUAUUCGCCCGAAGAAACCGAAUCCAGUGAAAAUCUUCUCCACACCCAUUCUCGCUUCUCACCCAACCGCCAACCCUGCACCCACACACCUUACCCGUGCCACGAGUGCGGGCGGGGGUGCCCAUUGACCGCUCCUUACCGCUCCCCAAAAGGGGGAGGAUCCCGGGAGCGAAACCAGUAGUGAAUGUGGAUGUGAAAUCGCGAAGGAACCCAGCACCGUGCGCCGCGAAGAAGGCAAACAACAACAGGAGAACGACGAGGCGCGAGGAGGCGUGGAGCAGGGGAGGAGGAGAGAGAGAGAGAGGAGAGAAAAAGAAGGCAAAAAAAACUGGGGACGUAGACAAUUUCUAAGUCAGAAGCUACCAACAUGUACACGCUCCCUAAAUGCUGGACCCUGCUGCUGAUAGUCGCCGUAACGGGAAUAGCCACUGAGGAUGUGCUUACAUGUCCAAAUGGCUGGAAACUACGAGGGCUGCACUGCUACAAGUACUUCAACGUGAAACACUCGUGGGAAAAGUCGGCCAUACUAUGCAAAAGGUACGGUUCCGAGCUGGUGACGGUGGACUCGUACGACGAGAACAACGCCACGUACCAGAUUGCGACAGGCAGCGAGUACAGGACGCGAAAUAACGUCAAGUACUGGCUUGGAUUCGCGUCCCUUGACGACUUGAGGACGAACACGCUUGAGUCGACGUCCGGUGAUCUGUUUUCGCAGUACUCCGGCUUCUGGGCAAUCAACGAACCAAAUCCGCAAGCGGGCGAAUGUGUCGCGGCCAACCUCGGCGCUGUCGAGCAGAGCUGGGAAUUGCGAUCCUGCGAGACGUUGUUGCCAUUCAUGUGUAAGGCUCGAGCCUGCCCACAGCAGUCGUUCCACUGUUCGAACGGAGCCUGCGUUAACCAGGCGUACCGGUGUGAUGGCAACGAUGACUGCGGUGAUGGCAGUGACGAGCUGGACUGCAGUGCCAGCUGCAACAUCUAUAUGGCCUCGGGUGGGGACGUGAUCGAGUCACCGAACUUCCCGCAGAAGUACACCUCGCUGCGAUCGUGCAAGUGGACGCUCGAGGGUCCGCAGGGUAGCAACAUCAUCCUGCAGUUCCAGGAGUUCGACACGGAGAAGAACUUCGACACGGUGCAGAUUCUGGUUGGCAGUCGCACCGAGGACACGGCCGUCUCACUGGCGACGCUCUCGGGCAAGGGUGAUGUACCGGCUCGGACGUUCAUCACCGCGUCCAACUUCAUGAUCGUGAAGUUUACCUCGGAUGGAAGCGUCGAGAAGAAGGGUUUCCGUGCGACAUGGAAGACGGAACCGCAAACGUGCGGUGGUGCGUUGCAAGCGAGCAAACAGGAACAGUACCUCAAGAGUCCGGGUUUCCCGCAAGCGUACCCGGGUGGGAUCGAGUGUUUGUACGUGAUCAGCGCGCGAAAAGGAUACACCGUGUCGCUUGACGUGCAGGAUCUUGACCUCAACGCUGACAGUGACUUUUUGCUGGUGCGAGACGGUGACAGUGCACAUGACAGGCCGAUCGCGAAACUGACAGGAACACUCCAGGAUCGAUCGAGUCGCGUUAUCAUCUCCACUGGCAACAAGCUGUACUUGUACUUCAGUACGGCUCUAGCGCAGCCAGCUCGUGGCUUUAACAUUCGGUAUGUGGAGGGUUGUACGGCGGCCGUGAAUGCGGCCAAUGGCACAGUCUCUUCACCGGCGCACGGACUCGCACCGUACCCGAACAACCAGGAAUGUUACUUCGUCAUCCACAACCCAUCCGGUAAGCCUCUAUCGAUGCGCUUCGUUGACUUUGACGUGCAUCGGUCCGACCUGGUGCAGGUGUUCGACGGACCCUCGACUUCUGGAGUACGCCUACACGCUGGCAAUGGUUUCACGGACAGCAAUGCACCUAAGAUCACGCUCACGGCCUCCUCAGGCAAGAUGCUGCUCAAGUUCAUCACUGACGCACUGUACAACGCCAAGGGUUGGUCCGCAGAGUUUUCGGCUGACUGUCCCGAGCUGAAGCCGGGCAUGGGAGCGAUCUCGAGCAGUCGAGACACCGCGUUUGGAACCGUCAUCAACUUCACGUGUCCAGUUGGGCAAGAGUUCGCUACGGGCAAGAACCGCAUCACGACCGUCUGCCAGAAUGGCGGCAACUGGAGUGCCAGCUACAUCCCCGACUGUCAAGAGGUGUACUGUGGUCCAGUGCCACAGAUCGACAACGGUUUCUCGUUCAAGACGACCAAUGUGACAUAUCGCGGCGUUGCGACCUACCAGUGUUAUGCUGGGUUCGCGUUCGGGUCCGGCCUGGCCACGGAGACCAUCUCCUGUCUGGCUGACGGAACCUGGGAGCGACAACCGGCUUGUAUGGCGUCACAAUGCCCACCACUGCCAGAAGUGGCACACGCGAAUGUCACCGUGUUGAACGGAGGUGGACGCAGCUACGGUACGAUCAUCAGCUACGAAUGCAUCCCGGGUUAUGUGCGCACAGGUCGACCCAUCCUGAUCUGCAUGUCCAACGGCCAGUGGAGCAGUGCUGUGCCGAGUUGUUCACGCAAGCAGUGUUACAAGAUUCCGGACAUCCAGAAUGGGUACGUCGUGGACAAGACGCGCGAGUACUUCUUCGGGGAUGAAGCACGCGUCCAGUGCUACAAGGGCUACCGUUUGAUUGGCUCGCACACUGUCAAGUGCAGCGAGCAGCAAGACUUCUCUAAUGUUCCGGUCUGUGAAGAUAUUGAUGAAUGUCAAACGUCACAGUGUGACGCAUCGUCGACCGAGUGCAUGAACGCGGCCGGGUCGUUCCAUUGCAAGUGUAAAACGGGUUACACCUCGUCCAUGGAAUGCCGCCCCGUGGUCGAUCUAGGCCUCUCAAACGGUGGUAUAUCCGACGACAGCGUAACGGUGUCAUCAACAGCAAAUGGCUACGACAAAGGCAUGAUUCGUCUCAACUCCGUGGGCUGGUGUGGCAGCGGAAAGGAACGUGGCUCGAACUGGGUGAUCAUCGACCUGAAAGCACCGACCAUCGUGCGCGGCUUCCGGACCAUGUCCGUGCAGCGGAUGGACGGGGCGUUGGCCUUCACGUCCGCGAUUCGGCUCGAGUACUCGGACGACAUGACGGACGUGUUCAAGGACUACGCCAACCCGGACGGAACGGCGGUUGAGUUCCGCAUUCUGGAGCCGACCCUUUCGAUUCUGAACCUCCCGAUGCCGAUCGAGGCGCGGUAUAUCAAGUUCAAGAUCCAGGAUUUCGUUGUGGCACCGUGUAUCAAGCUCGAGAUCAUGGGUUGCACGCGGCUCGACUGUUUGGACGUAAACGAGUGCGCUAAGGAUAAUGGAGGGUGCAACCAGAAGUGCGUCAACUCGCCGGGAUCGUACAAGUGCGCUUGUAACUUUGGUUACGAGUUGUUCCGCCAGAAUGGCACUGAAGGAUUCUUCAUCGAACGACAUGAGACUGGUGAGCAGGAUGGUGAUGUGUACCAGCGCAACAAGACGUGCGUGCGCAAGAUGUGUCCCGCAUUGUCCGAUCCGGAGAAUGGCAAGCUUUUGAGCAGUGAGCUGCAGCAUCAUUUUGGAGACGUCGUACGGUUCCAUUGCAACUUCGGCUACGUGCUGUCGGGUAGUUCAUCGUUGUCUUGUAUGUCGAAUGGAAACUGGAACGCCUCCAUGCCAAAGUGCUUGAGUGCCAAGUGUGUCUCACUACCGGAUGACGAGAAGGAGGGCCUGUUCGUAAAACGCGGGGAUCAGAACGAUAUCCUGGUGCCGUUCAGCGAGAACGUGACGCUUGAGUGUGGAACAGCUGGGAAGCAGAUCGGCCGGACGGCGAUAUCAACCUUCCGGCAGUGUGUGUUCGAUCCACAACCGGGCUAUCCGGACUACUGGCUCUCGGGUGUGUUGCCAACCUGUUCGCGGGCCGAUUGUGGCGUUCCAAUGCCAACGGCCGGAGCAGAGUACGGUCAGUACGCUGACACGCGCUAUAUGAGCUCGUUCUUCUUCGGCUGCCAGAACACAUUCAAGCUGGCGGGUCAGACCACCAUGAACGAUAAUGUGGUUCGUUGUCAGGCGAACGGCGUGUGGGACUUUGGUGAUCUUCGGUGCGAGGGUCCGGUGUGUGUGGAUCCUGGUCGACCAAACGAUGGCUUCCAGGUGGCGAACAGCUACGAACAAAACUCGGAAGUACUGUUCGGAUGCUCAAGGGCCGGCUACAUCCUAAUCAACCCGCGACCGAUCACGUGCGUGAAGCAGCCAGAGUGUAAGACGAUCAAACCGAUCGGCAUCUCGUCGGGACUGAUCCCGGACAGUGCAAUCAACGCAACAUCUGAACGGGCGAACUACGAGGCACGAAACGUGCGCCUGAACUCGGUCACAGGUUGGUGCGGCAAGCAGGAGACGUUCACGUACGUGAGCGUCGAUCUUGGCAAGGUACACCGCGUGAAGGCGCUGCUUGUGAAGGGUGUCGUCACAAACGACAUCGUAGGCCGCCCCACCGAGAUCCGGUUCUUCUACAAGCAGUCUGAGAAGGAGGACUACGUCGUGUACUUCCCGAAUUUCAACCUCACGAAGCGCGAUCCGGGCAACUACGGUGAGCUGGCCAUGAUCACGCUACCAAAGUACGUGCAGGCACGCUUUGUGAUCCUUGGCAUUGUGAGCUACAUGGACAACCCGUGUCUGAAGUUUGAGCUGAUGGGUUGCGAAGAACCUGCCGCUGAUCCGCUGCUUGGUUACGACUACGGUUACUCACCGUGCGUCGACAACGAGCCACCGAUCUUCCAGAACUGCCCGCAGCAACCGAUCCUGGUGAAACGUGGUCCUAAUGGCGAGGUCCUGCCGCUCAACUUCACCGAACCGACGGCCUUGGACAACUCUGGUUCGAUUGCGCGACUCGAGGUAAAACCACCACACUUCAAACCGACAGCAAACGUGCUCGAGAACACGGUUGUGAAGUACAUCGCGUACGAUUACGACGGUAACGUGGCUAUCUGCGAGAUCAACAUAACUGUGCCGGACAUCACGCCACCACUGCUCGACUGCCCGCAGAGCUUCGUGAUCGAGCUGGGUGAGAAGCAGCAGAAUUACUACGUCAACUUUAACGACACUGUCCGGCGCGUGAAGGCCUCGGACGCGUCUGGGGACGUGCGCAUUGAAUACGUACCAGAAGCGGCCUCAAUCCCACUCGGAGGUUUCCGCAACGUGACCGUCGUUGCGACGGAUCGGUUCAACAACCGUGCAACCUGCCACUUCCAGGUGUCCGUUCAACCGACCCAAUGCGUCGAUUGGGACCUACAAGCACCUGGCAAUGGGGAUAUCCGCUGUACCACUCAAGAGUCGGGAGGAGUCGAGUGCGAGGCCACGUGUAACGCUGGUUUCCGGUUCACGGAUGCGGACAAGAAGAAGGUGUUCACGUGCAAGAAGGGCCGUUUCUGGAAGCCAUCUUCGGUCGUACCGGAUUGCGUGUCGGAGAACACACAGCGUGCCGAUUACCAGGUGGUCGCGACUACGACCUACCGCGCGAAUGGCGUCGUAUCGGAGCAAUGUUUGCCGCAGUAUCAGGAACAAACAGCACAGCACUUCAGCAGCCUGAGCAGCGUGCUGUCACAACGUUGUUCGGCCGUGUACGUCAACAUGAACGUAACGAUCUUGCGAUCGGUGCCGCGUUUGCUUGAAGAGAACGUCGUGCAGAUGGACUUCAUCCUGUUGAUCGACCCAGCUGUGAAGCAACCGCAACUGUACGACCUGUGCGGUUCUACGCUGAAUCUCAUCUUCGACCUGAGUGUGCCGUACGCAAGUGCCGCCAUCGAACCGUUGUCCAACGUACGAUCGAUCGGUAACGAGUGUCCACCACUGCGUGCCCUUAAGAGCUCCAUCUCGCGUGGAUUCACGUGUGGUGUCGGUGAGGUGUUGAACAUGGACACGAGUGAUGUACCGCGGUGUCUGCACUGUCCAGCUGGUACAUAUGCCGGUGAGGGUCAGAAGGCUUGUUCACCUUGCUCGAAGGGUUUCUACCAGCAUCGUGAACGACAGGGUUCGUGUCUCAAGUGCCCAGUUGGGACGUACACGCGUGAGGAUGGCUCUAAGGCCGUCCAAGAUUGUGUGCCCAUCUGCGGUUAUGGUACCUACUCACCUACCGGUCUUGUGCCGUGUCUCGAGUGCCCAAGAAACUCCUUCUCGGCAGUUCCACCACUCGGUGGAUUCCGCGAUUGUCAGGCCUGCCCAAGUGGUACCUUCACGUAUCAACCGGCUGCUCAGAGUGAAUCCGAUUGUCGACGCAAGUGUCCUGCUGGAUCGUACUCACACACAGGCCUAGCACCAUGUUCGCCUUGCCCCAAACACUAUUACCAGAAGGGUGAGGGCGCCACCGGAUGUACCGAGUGUCCUUCAGGACGACGUACGGACACGGUUGGUUCGGUAACGGCCGACGAUUGCAAACCGAUCACGUGUAACGAGAACAGCUGCCAACAUGGUGGAUUGUGCGUGCCACUCGGUCACGAUAUCCACUGUUUCUGUCCGGCCGGUUUCUCUGGAUCACGGUGUGAACUGGACAUCGACGAAUGUGCCUCGCAGCCGUGUUACAACGGUGGAACCUGUCGCGAUCUACCUCAAGGAUACGAAUGCCGAUGCGCACGUGGCUACACCGGUAUUAACUGCCAGGAAGCGAAGAGUGAUUGCGAUGCGGAUCCAUGCCCGGCCAGAGCCAUGUGCAAGGACGAACCGGGUUUCGGCAACUACACGUGCAUGUGCCGCAGCGGGUACACCGGUGACAACUGUGACAUCACGAUCGACCCAUGCUCGGCUGGUGAAAACCCAUGCGGUAACGGAGCCACGUGUGUGGCGCUACAACAGGGUCGCUUCCGGUGCGAAUGCACACCCGGUUGGGAGGGCCACCUGUGCUCGGUUAACACGGACGAUUGUGCUGAAAAGCCGUGUCUUUUGGGAGCGAAUUGCACGGAUUUGGUGAACGAUUUCAGCUGCACAUGUCCAGCCGGAUUCGCGGGAAAACGCUGCCAGGAUAAGGUGAACCUGUGCCUUUCGGAACCCUGCAAUCACGGUAUGUGUGUGGAUCGGUACUUCUACCACGAGUGCGUGUGCAACCCAGGCUGGACCGGGUCGGCUUGUGAUGUCAACAUGGACGAGUGCGAUGGUGCACCCUGCGAAAAUGGCGGCGUUUGUACGGAUCUCGUCAACGAUUACCAGUGCACGUGCGCUGAUGGUUACACCGGCAAGAACUGCCAACACGCGGUGGAUGAUUGCGCAAGCGCGCCUUGUCAGAAUGGUGGCAGUUGCGUGGAUCGAUUGGAUGGAUUCGCGUGCCAAUGCCGACCUGGAUACGUGGGUGUGCAGUGUGAGACGGACCGAAACGAGUGCCUAAGCGAUCCAUGCAGUCCAAUCGGUACGGAGAAGUGUACGGAUCGAGAGAAUGCAUUCGAAUGUGUCUGCCGGCAGGGCUUCGAGGGUCGGCUGUGUGACACCGACAUUGAUGAUUGCGAGUACGCACCUUGCCAGAAUGGUGGCACUUGUCUUGACCGAGUCGGUGGCUUUGAGUGUGAAUGUCCACCUGGUUGGACGGGUGAACGAUGCGAUGCUCAGGUGACGGCAUGUGAUGCUGAACGACCGUGCAAGAAUGAUGCUCAGUGCAUCGAUCUGUUUGAGGACUUCUUCUGCGUGUGCCCGAGCGGAACGGAUGGCAAAAAGUGUGAGACGGCACCGGAUCGGUGUAUCGGUCAGCCAUGUAUGCAUUCGGGUCAAUGCAAGGAUUACGGAUCUGGAUUGAACUGCUCGUGCUCGAUGGAUUUCACGGGUGUUGGAUGUCAGUACGAGUUCGACGCUUGUGAGGCUGGUACGUGCCAGAACGGAGCGACUUGUGUUGAUCGGGGUGCUGGGUAUCAAUGCGUUUGCCCACCGGGAUACACUGGACGGAACUGCGAACAUGAUCAGGUGGACUGUAAGGAUAACUCCUGCCCACCGGGUGCCGUUUGCGUGGAUCUGAACAACGACUUCUACUGCCAGUGUCCGUUCAACCUGACUGGAGAUGAUUGUCGCAAGUCGGUACAAAUCGACUACGAUCUGUACUUCAGCGAUCCCUAUCACUCGUCCGCCUCGCAGGUGGUUCCAUUCUACACGACCGCCUCUGACAGCCUUACGGUGGCCAUGUGGGUACAGUUUGCGCAGAAAGAUGACACGGGUAUCUUCAUCACGCUAUAUUCCGCAAACGCACCGAACGUGAUCACGAAACGCAGGACAAUGUUGCAGGCCCACUCGAGCGGCGUUCAGGUGUCGUUCUUCGAGGAUCUGCAGGACGUGUUCCUGCCAUUCAAGGAGUACAGCACCAUCAACGAUGGACAGUGGCACCACAUCGCCGUAGUGUGGAACGGAAAAACGGGACAGCUCAUGCUUAUCACUGAAGGCUUCAUCGCCAGCAAGGCGGAGUACGGCUUGAACCAAGCCCUGCCCAAGUACUGUUGGCCAGUGCUGGGUGCUCCGCUGAUGGACGGCAACCGAAAGGAAGCGUACAGUGACCUCGGCUUCCAGGGUAAGCUGACAAAGGUGCAGAUCUGGAGCCGCGCGCUAGACGUAACGAACGAGAUCCAGAAGCAGGUGCGCGAUUGCCGCAGUGAACCGGUUUUGUACAAAAACCUCGUGUUAAAUUGGGCCGGAUACGAGCAGACGCUCGGUGGAGUGCAACGAUCGGUCCCGUCAACUUGUGGUCAACGGAAAUGCCGCCCUGGAUAUGCUGGUCCGAACUGCCAACAACUCCAGGUGGAUCGUGAACCGCCCCAGAUCGAGUACUGCCCAUCGGACCUGUGGAUUGAGGCGAAGAACGGCUCGACAGUGGUGAACUGGGAAGAACCACGAUUCACGGACAACAUCGGUAUCUCGAAGAUCGUCGAAAGGAACGGCCACCGAUCAGGCGAAACGCUACUGUGGGGUAUCUACGAGGUCAUGUACCUGGCGUACGAUGCCGCUGGCAACACUGCCGCUUGCAGCUUUACGGUGACGAUCGUGGCCGAUUUUUGUCCAGCACUGGCUGAUCCUCUCGGUGGGUCACAAAGCUGUAAGGAUUGGGGCGCAGGAGGGCAGUUCAAAGUGUGCGAGAUCGCGUGCAACUCUGGCAUGAAGUUCUCGCAGGUUGUUCCGAGGUUCUACACCUGCGGUACUGAGGGCUUCUGGAGGCCAACUGCCCAACCGAACGUGCCACUCGUCUAUCCGUCUUGCUCGCCAACGAAACCAGCCCAACGGCUGGUUCGCAUCCAGAUGCAGUUCCCAUCGGACGUGUUGUGUAACGAGGCUGGCCAGGGAGUGCUGCGACAACGCAUCAAGAUGGCGAUCAAUGCACUCAAUCGCGACUGGAACCUGUGCUCGUACUCGAUGGAGGGCUCGCGCGAAUGUCGUAACGUCGAGAUUGAUGUCCAGUGCAACAAGAACCGGCAUCCGAACAUCGUGAAGCGUCAGGCAGCCGUGUUGCAGGUUUCUCCAAAUCCCGAGAGCGCAUACGCCGUCAAUGCAACCAUCCCAAUCAAGAGUGAGAUCGUCAGCAACUCAAACGGACAGCGAGUCAGCACACUGAGCCUGCUGGAGAAGCUCAUCCUGGAGGACAACCAGUUCGCGGUGCAGGACAUCCUGCCGAACACGUUUGGAGAUGCGGCGUCGCUAAACCUCAUCACGGAGUACGCUUGCCCACCGGGACAGGUCGUGGUCGAACCGGACUGCGUACCAUGCGCUGUAGGAACAUUCUACAACUCGACCAGCAAGGCGUGUCUGCCUUGUCCAGAAGGAUCGUACCAGCCCGAGAUCGGUCAGUUGCAGUGCAAGAGCUGCCCGAAUAUUGCCGGUCGUGCGGGUGUGACGGCACUCGUUGGCGCUAGAUCAGCCGUCGAAUGCAAAGAACGAUGUGCUGCCGGUAAAUACCUGGACUCGGUUACCGGGCUUUGCCAACCGUGCGGUUUUGGUUACUACCAGCCCAACGAAGGAUCGUUCUCCUGCGAGAACUGCGGCUUAGGACAGACGACGCGAACGGCUGAGGCGACAAGCCGUAGCGAGUGUCGGGACGAGUGUAAUUCCGGUAUGCAGCUUGGCCUGGAAGGCAAAUGUGAGCCGUGUCCACGUGGCACUUACCGCAAACAGGGCGUUCAUUCGUCGUGUCUUGCGUGUCAGAAUGGCCGUACGACGGCUAAGCUGGGCUCGUCCAGCGUCGAGGAGUGCUCGUUGCCGGUCUGUUCACCUGGUACCUACCUCAAUGGCACGUUGAACGUGUGUGUCGAAUGCCGCAAGGGCUUCUAUCAAGCUGAGUUCCAGCAAACUUCGUGCAUUCCGUGUCCACCAAACCACACCACUCGAAGCACGGCAGCGAAUAACAAAAAUGAGUGCAUCAACCCGUGCGAAGACGUGCAGGAUGGUUCGCCACGUUGCGACCCUAAUGCGUUCUGCAUACUGAUCCCAGAGACGUCCGAUUUCAAGUGCGAGUGCAAGCCAGGCUUCAAUGGCACGGGAAUGGAGUGUUCGGACAUGUGCAAUGGUUUCUGCGAGAACUCUGGUCACUGCGUCAAGGAUGCCAAGGGUAUGCCGUCCUGUAGAUGCAAGGGAUCGUUUACUGGUACGAAGUGUACGGAGCGGUCUGAGUUCGCGUACAUCGCCGGUGGCGUAGCAGCCACCGUUAUCUUCAUCAUACUCAUCGUGCUGCUCAUCUGGAUGAUAUGCGCCCGAGCCAACCGCAAACGGGACCCGAAGAAGAUCAUCUCACCAGCUGCGGAUCAGACGGGAUCGCAGGUUAACUUCUACUACGGAGCUCACACGCCAUAUGCCGAGAGUAUUGCUCCGUCGCACCACAGCACUUACGCGCAUUAUUAUGACGACGAGGAGGACGGUUGGGAGAUGCCCAACUUCUACAAUGAGACGUAUCUUAAAGAUGAUCAAUUCAUCGGAGUUCAAGGUGCCAACGGAAAGCUUAAUUCGUUGGCUCGAUCUAAUGCAUCGUUGUACGGUACGAAGGACGAUCUAUACGAUCGGCUAAAACGUCACGCUUAUACCGGUAAAAAAGACAAAAGUGACACGGACAGUGAGGAGCAUUAGGCAUCGUUGUUUAGUUUAAGGCUUAGCUCAUAUUAAAAUCCCUUCGAAAUACUCUUGUAUAAAAAUAUUAAGUAGAACAAGACGAAAGAGGACGAACAAAAAACAAGAACAACAUAACGAAACAC